AGUUUUCCUGCGAUCUUUAAACUGCUUGGGCACUUAUUAAGAAUUCUCUAAUUCGAUUGUGUUAAUUCUUCAGGACCCAGGGUGUGUAUACUUUGAUUCCCCAUGGUUUCCAAUCAUUAUCACGAGUUCAAUAUCCUUCUGUUGGAUGACUGCUUUGCCCCUGCUACCUGAACCGAACUACAUGGAAGCUAAGGAAGCUUAUCCAAACACGUGAACAGCGCGUUUCAGGAAGACAGUGCCCCGCACAGUGCCUACACCAGCCUGAAAUUCUAACAACUCUCCCAAGUUUGGGAAGGCGGCCGAGUUUUCUGAAACUCCUUCUCUGAGCAUGAGCGGAAGUCACCCUUUGAGCAAUCUGCGGGUUUUUUAAAUAAUAGGUGCCAUAUUAAGAAGCAAUCCGUUACGUUCUCUCUUUUCCGUUGCACCCACAAGCAAGUGACCAGGUGACAAAUUUGUCUUCGUUACAAGAAAAUAAAGACCGCACUCAAAGAAGUCCGAAGGCAGCCCAACAGCCCAUCGUCCCACAGUAAAGAUGGCGGCCCCCUGAGUGUAAACUGCAGGCAGUACCACUUCCGCGUUUCUCUGGCGCCCUCGUCCAAGAUGGCGGACGAGGCUACCCGGCGUGUGGUGUCUGAGAUCCCGGUGCUGAAGACUAACGCCGGACCUCGAGAUCGUGAGUUGUGGGUGCAGCGACUCAAAGAGGAAUAUCAGUCUCUUAUCCGGUACGUGGAGAACAACAAGAAUGCCGACAAUGAUUGGUUCCGACUGGAGUCCAACAAGGAAGGGACUCGGUGGUUUGGAAAAUGCUGGUACAUCCAUGACCUGCUCAAAUAUGAGUUUGACAUCGAGUUUGACAUUCCUAUCACAUACCCCACUACUGCUCCAGAAGUUGCAGUCCCUGAACUGGAUGGAAAGACAGCAAAGAUGUACAGGGGUGGCAAAAUAUGCCUGACUGAUCACUUUAAGCCUUUGUGGGCCAGGAACGUGCCCAAGUUUGGACUAGCUCAUCUCAUGGCUCUGGGGCUGGGUCCAUGGCUGGCAGUGGAAAUCCCCGAUCUGAUUCAGAAGGGCGUGAUUCAGCAUAAAGAGAAAGGCAACCCAUGAAGGAUCAAGCCACUGAGGCAGGACAGAGGGACCUUUGACGGGCUAUGUUCUGUUCCUGUUUCUGUGCCUCACUCCUACUCAUCCACCUGCUUCCCCCCCAAGCCCCUCCACCCAUAAUUGUUACUAAGUAGCUGCAUCAGGCAUUGCUGAAAAAAAUAAACAACGCAAUCGCCACUGAAUUUCUAAGGCUACGCAGGGAGGGGAAAGACGGGGGCUUUGGAAAACCAAGGCAAUUCAUAUCCCUUCCCCAGGUGGAACAAUGUGAGAUCCAGGAAGGAUGGGAAGCAGGCUGGAAAGUGGGGGCAUAGUCUUUUUGGUCUCUGGAGAUAACUCAUCAAUAAAAGCUGCUUCCUCUGAUGA